CAUAAUAAUUUAUUCCACGUACAUAUUUUUAAUUGCAGUAUGUUUUUAAGUAGUUUUACAGUACUUUUGUGUUUUGCAUGUUUUAUUGGGGAAAAUGAUGCGUCAAUCGAGACCAAUUCAACGGAGGUUGUGAUUCCGAGCGAGGAUGUGAACGAUGGAUGGCAUGAGAAAUUUCAUAUGUACGACCAAAACAAUGAUGGUUUGAUCUCCGCAAUGGAACUACAGCAAAUGUUAUUCAAAGAGUCAAUAGGACUCGUUACUAUUCGCCAAGCAAAAAGAUAUAUAUCUUUAUUGAAUAGAGACGGUAACGUGCAAAUUAAAUUAGAAAAAAUCAAACCGAUAGUGGAUAUUAUGACAGAGAAAAAUACAUCGAGUGUAGUGGAUGAUGACUGUCCAUUCAACGAUGAAGACAAUUUUCCGGUAGCAGCUCUUCAGGCAAUACUGUUUAAAGAAUGUAAACAGAACUUUUUCAACGCGCUAGACGAAACUAAAGAAAUAACUAUACUCUGCGCCACGAGAGAAGUAACCCGUUUCGCGCAUCACGACUGA